AUGUCGGAGACCACAGAGAAAGUUGAAAGCAAUUGCGAUGCUCGUAGAAGAAUUCUAAAUAUUUCUGUAUCAACAGUACUUCUAGAAAGUGGAUUUCAAAGUGCUGAUAGAAUGAGCUUGGAGACUUUAACAGAAAUGUUGCAGUCCUUUCUCACAGAGGUCGGCAACUCAGCCAGAAUAUAUUGUGAACAUUCAGGUCGAGUGGAACCAGUAUUAUCAGAUGUUGUCUUGGCAUUAAUAAACAUGGGUAUUAGUCUUCAAGGCUUAGAACAAUAUGCAGCGAGGCCCAAUAGACAUGUGAUCCAAUCUCCCCAGCAAGCACCAGUGCCACGGACACCAGCAAUGUUGUCAGCUGGAUCAAAGGCAAAACCCUCUCCUCAUAUUCCAUGUCAUUUGCCAUCACUCCCAGACCCGCAUGCCUAUAUAAGAACUCCAACUCACAAGCAACCAGUUACAGAAUAUGAAGCAAUACGUGAGAAGGCUGCUAAUCAGAAAAGAGAUAUAGAGAAAGCUUUAACAAAAUUUCUUGCAAAGACAAGCGAAACACAUAACCUUUUUAAUACAGAGGAUAACCAAGUUUUUCCAUUAAUUGCCUGCAAGCCUACAUUUCCGGCAUAUCUGCCGUGCUUACUACCAACGGACCAGGUGUUUGAUUUUGAUGAAUUAGAAUAUCACUUCCAAGUAGCCAAUAGGACAGAAGAUAUGCCUGCUGAUAAAAAAGAUCAAUCAGACAAUGAAGGAGAAAAUGGUGGUGAUAAUGAAAAUGCAAAUAACUCUCAAUCAGAGAAUCUCGAUAACACAGCCGCUUCAAGUCCAGAUAGAAACAAAUCUGGGGGUUAG